GUCCCCAGUCCGUCCUCGUAAUUUCUCCGCCGUCUCAAAAUCCUUCUUCUCCCCUACUUUCGUUCCUUCUGGCGCUACGGGCUCGCGACGCUGAGAGUUCCUCGCUCUCCUUUGAGGUCCUGUCGUCGAUCACACUUUCCCUUAAAUUUUGGUUGGAGCCUCUUUCCCUGCGAGGAAAACUGGAAUUCACCAGCGAGCCUGUUUGCGAAAUCCGUAACGACCGAACGACGUCAAUUAUCGCUGUUUAACGCCCUUGAGGAUUGUGCCCGGACCUAACAUUGUAAUUCUUGCAGCAAAUUAUAAUGUCGGCAGGAGCUGUACCAGAAGCAGUCGCUUCAAAGCCGUCGACCGGUCGACGUUCGUUUUCGAGUUUUCGUGCGAGCAGCGUUGUGCCUUCCUCCAUAUCUAUUCCCACGUUUUCUCUGCAUUCGGGUCAUGGUAAUGAUAAUAGGUCUGCAUCAGGUCUGAUGGCUUCUAGGGCAUCAAUCCAAAUGGGAGAGAAAGAUCGUCUCUCUGUACUUGUGGAUGGGUCGAAUGUCAACACACCUCCUUCAUCGAGCGGAGGCAGUGGAAGGGCUUUGUCAGGGAGCAUUAGGUCAUUGAAGUCUAAAUUUUCUCUGGGGUCGUCGUUGAUGACACCGCGGACGACUUCGGGAAGUUUGCGAUCCAAAUUCUCAUUUGGAGGGCCAUUCUCUUCGAAAAAAGGGAGUAGUGGUCAUGCGAACAGCCCAGCCCCGAAUUCUCCUGCUUCCGGAUAUGGGCAGGAAAUUAUACGUGAAGAAAGUCUGGUGUUGAAUAUUGGACCACCGCCAUCGUUGUCAUCAUCUCGUAGUCUUGACCUUCCGACUAUGAUUCAGGAUUCUCCAGACCCCAAGGCUCCGUUCAAUCCCAACUUGUCGAGUAUUUUGUCAACACCUACUCCGACAUAUUCCGCUCUUGGGCGAGGUUUACCACAAUCACUGAUGGCUUCGACGUCCUCUUCUGUUGCUCCCCAGACACCGUUUACGAAGCCUUCUGCUCUUCCUGCUGCAACACAAUCAACUCUCAACAUUCGAAAUGCUUCUCCUGUACCAUCAUGUCCCCCAUCAGCAAUAGAACCACUGGAUCUAAGGCCUCGUCAAGUUAACUUCGUGGAACACUCACGCAUCUCAGAACAGACGGAACCGGAGGCGUCGUUCAAUCUCGGCGAGCCGAUACAGCUCCAGCCUAGGCGCACCUCACCGAAGGGCACUGCUAAAGUGUCAUUUGAGGAACAAAGUUUGAGAAGCGAAGCUCAAGUUAGUCGCGAGCUCAAUCUUGGGACUCUCGAUGCAGAGGAUUCACUCAUGAAGCUUGAUAUACCACCUAUUCCGUACUCUGGGUCGACACUCUCGUUGGCUAAAGGAUUGGAGGAAGCUGGAUUGGAUUCAAGCGCGGUUGCAGCUCCUCUGGCUGACAGUAGCGAGGGAUGCGAUGACGAUGAGCAGCAAUCGGCCCAAGGAGAACAAGAGGAAAGGCGGGACAGCGCUGCCUCGAAACUUCCUCUUGAGCAGACACAUAUUAGUCCUGAUUUGGAUGUGGAUGAUGAUUUGGCUGUUGUUUGGAAUCCUCGUCACCCACUUGGGGAUUCUAGAUAUAUGGCAGGAAUGACAACAGCAGGAACAAACCUUUCGUCAUCUCCAAAGAGGAAGAGUCUUGCUUCCUCUACACGGAAGGAUCUUACGAUUGUUGUUUCAUCUACACCCAUUAAGUCCAGAACCUCGGUGACACACCGAACCGCGAGAAGCGCUAUGCCCAGAGAACUAGGUGUCACAGAUGAGAAUUCACUACGCACAUCAACGGCUACACCUCCUUCCGUGUCUGAGAACGAUGAACCUGGAGGGAUCCGCAGGGGUGGUAACCCUAGCACCUCACCGCGAAAGACACGACAUGAUACGAACAAUUACCCUCGUCCCACUGUCUCUUCUCCUGCAUCGUCUUCCUCCCCCACAUCCCCUGGAAUCCGAGCGGUACCCAUGGCAGCGAAACGCCCUUCCCCCACUUUGUCGAAAUAUCCACCUUCCUCUUCCCGUCUCUCACUCGAUGAUGCUGGAUUCAGCCGACCGCCAUCGAAUCAACGUGAUGAGCCAACAUCCAACGGGAACCUUCCUUUCAAGAAUAAGCUUGCAAUACUGAGUCAGGAAUUCCGACGACCCGACAGUAGCCAUUCACGCACUCCUGAAAUUCAAAGACCGACACCGCCUCGAUCGUAUUCCUCUCUUGGGGUCAGUACGCAGUUACCAUCUCGUCGGAUUGGUGUUGAGGGAGUGUUUCAUCGGCCUGACGAUACCUCUAUUUCUCAGCCAAAUCUUUCGCGGACAAUACGACCGAGACGGAGUCAUAGUGUCGAUCUACAACGUCCGUCACACUCCAAUGUGCCUGGACCAGGGGUGGAAGUGCGAGGUGGUGCAAUGCGCUCCACGAGUCGUCUUGGCGGAGCGCCACCGGCGGACUUCCUUGGUCCAAGAACCUACAGAGCAUUCAAGGCUGCAGGAUUGCUCGGAAAAAAGUCUUCCCCUGAUUCCCCUGAUAUGCCCCUUCAUUCUUCAGGGGAGAUUUAUAAGAGACCACACACCGCUUUCUCUGGGUGGUCGCCUGGCGCUAGGUCUACCUCAACUCUUGGAUAUAGAGGUGAUACAAGAGACGGUCACUCUCGCCACGGUUCAAAUGGGGAACCCUAUUAUCGCCCUGAUUCAACGCCCUCGGAGCCUGCAAGUCACUCAAGCUCUAAUGGUACCAGCCGUAGGGUGUCACCCCAUUUUGGGGCAGAGUCUCCUGUCUCAUCCUCUCGUACGCUUUAUUCUAGCUCUCAUGGUCAACCGUACAGCAUGCAACCCCACCCGAAUGCGAAUGCAAACACUAUCCAAGCUCUGAGGGAUCGGCAUGAACUCGAAACCGAUGCGCUACUUGUGGCCCUCGGAGAGGCGAAGAAGAGCGUCAGAGAGCUUAGCGAGGAGAAUGGCCUCUUGCGGUCUAUCAAUGAGGAGUUGGAAGCAUAUGUGACGGAGCUGGAAAGUAGGCUCAUGGGGUACGAGAAAUACAGUGAUCAGGAGAAGUACGUAGGCAAGGUAGAGCGAAGGAGAAGCGUCACGCCACGGGGGCCUCUGCCGUUCCUAGAUAAGGAAAGUGCGAUGCGUCCUGCUUCGGCUCGUAUAUCAGCAGAGGACACAUCGCCUCGUAUGAAUGGCUCGCGAACAGGAAGCAUCAAAGAUACGCGUACCCGUCUAGAACAGCUGAGAUCACGGCGACGAGCUACUUCUGGAGCUGUCUCUCGCUUUGAAACCGAUGACGAAGAUGGUGCAUCGGGGGACGUCGAACAGGACGUCGAGCUGACGAUGAGCAAAGAACCCAAUCUUCCCCCUCCACUUAGCAAGCGAAAUCUCACCUCCCAUGACGUUGCGACAAUCAUGAAAACCAAACCCAGAUCCUCAUCACAAAUUACCGCUACAACCACAAACACAAUGACGACUACUAACUCCGCUUCAACGAAAACGAAAACGAAAACGGGCAACCACACAACAUCCCGACACCGCUACGCACCCUCUGAAUCUUCUUUUACCUUACCCCAAAUAUCUGGUGUAGGGACGACUUCCAUGCUGAUGAAUGAACAAAGUCCCGUCAUGAAUGAUGUCCUCGCUACCACUUCUUCGGCGGACGAGUGGUCCGAUGAUCGAGAUACCCACCCCGGGAAUGAAGGCGGGGUUGCUUUUCGUGCUCGGUCGCGACUGGCUGCUACUCCACCGAUCGUUGCUUCUUCGCCCACGGAGUCUACGUUUAACAGGACCCUGUCACCUCCACCUUCUCCCGGGAGCAGUCUUAACUUACGGACAGAAGACGAGAUUCAUCUGAACGAUUUAAUCAGCAUCAGUUUGCGGGACGACUGACGCUGACAUCGAGAAUUAAAUGUCUCUAAAUGGACGACAUUUCCCCAACGUAUUCGUUCUUGUUCGCCUGUUUACAUUCGUCUUCGUACCUAUAUUCGAUUACUCGAUUUUUCUUUAUUUAUCUUUUUCUUUGUUUUUUUUUUUUUUCUUUCCUUUCGUG